AUGACCGACCCCAGACUAGUUGAUAUUGAACCUGGCGGGGAGAGUACUCAAUAUGAGUCCAUCCGCAUAUAUACAGAACCACCAGCAAAACAGACUGGGCAGCUGGGCGGCAAAGCAGCCCAUACUGAAAGCAAAGUCGGCGGUAGCUCGGAUGCCGCGAACGACUCUUCUGCAAGCGGUGAUGAAUAUAACAUGGCACAAAAGUUGGGAAUGGGGAUUUCCAAAGAAUCCGAAGAGGAUCUGGAAUUCGACACACCAGGCGAUGCAGCAGCCGCAAAGGCCAGGAGACAGCAGGGGUAUGGGCCUGGCUCCGGCGUCGGAGCUUAA